AUGGGUAACCGUGAAUCGUCCACGAAGGAAGAGGACGGGAAGCCGAAAGAGAACGACCAGCCACGUCUCUAUCAAUACGUUGACAUUCAUGGCGGCGGUGAUUUGAUACCGUUCAUGUGGCAAGCUAAAAAUAGCAACGAUUUCUCACAAAUUAAUGAUUUAAUUGAUUCGAAGAUUAAAAAUUUCAUGUAUAAUUCGGGUAAAGGCAAAAUGGUGGCAGUUUCUGAAUUGGUCAAAAUUCGCAAUAAAGAGCGCAAUGCAAUGUUAAGUGCAUUGAAACGUAAAAAAGGGAAGGGUAAAAGUGGUCCAAACAUUUUGGAUGAUUUCAAUCAGGAAGGAGAAAAUCAAGGCGAUUUAAAAAAAGCAUUAAAACUUCUGGAAGGUGGGGGACGACGUGGUGACAUGGAUUCGAAGUAUCGUGAAGUGGUAUGGAAAUUAGAGGAACGCGGUAAUAUGGGCGAGAAUCUUGUCGGUCUAUGCUUAUUGCAAGGAACCGCAACACACAAUCAUUUAGCCCGUCAUUUAAUCAAAUUGUAUCCAAAACUUGUCAACGAUAUUUUCAUCAGUGAAAAUUACUAUGGAUUGUCACCGUUGCAUCAAGCCAUAAUGAACGAAGAUCCAUCAAUGGUCAGUUUUCUUCUACAACAAGGCGCAAAUGUCAAUCAACGCUGUUACGGUGCAUCAUUCUGUCCCGACGAUCAGAAAAGCAGUCGGACUGAUUCGUUGGAGCACGAAUAUGUUGAACUCAGUCUGAAAACAUGCUAUUCUGGAAAGAUGUAUUUCGGCGAAUAUCCAUUAUCAUUUGCUGCUUGCAUUAAUCAAAUAGACUGUUUUCGGUUAUUGGUUGCAAAAAAGGCUGACCUGAACCAGAAGGAUACAAAUGGAAAUACGGUUCUCCAUCUUGCUGUAAUUCAUGAACAUCCGGAAAUGAUCAAACUGUCUUACGAUAUGGGUGCUAAGCUACAAAUUGUUAACAAGCAGAAUUUAACUCCGCUCACUUUGGCGGCGCAUUUGGGAAAAAAAGAAAUCUUCGAAUUAAUCCUAAAAUUAGAAGCCGAUGUUGUUUGGAUAUACGGUAAUGCGUGCAGUUACGCAUAUCCGUUAGCUCGUAUUGAUACGAUAAGUCAAGAAACGGGAGAAAUGAAUGAAGAUAGCGCCUUAUCACUUACUGUUUACGGAGAAACAACGAAACAUUUAGAGCUUCUCGAUGGAUUGUUGGAAGAAUUACUGGAAGCUAAAUGGGAAUCAUUUGGACGUCGAUAUUUGACAUUAUCAUUUUCGUGUUUUGUGGUUUAUUUCAUAUUUGUUUUCAUGGCUUUCAUGUGUCGGCCAUUUUCGAUGACAACAAAGGUGCUCUAUCACGGUGAAGAAAUUUACGGUGUCAAUACAUCCAUCCCAUGCAACACCACUUCAUUUGAUAAUCCAUGUUCUAAUUCAACUUAUACCAUAAUUGAUUAUAUGCUUCUCAAAGCCACAACACUGCAAUCAUUUUCAUCCUAUGCUGCAAAGAAGCAAGUUUCAUGGACAUUAAAAAAUUUCGAAGAAGCUUGGUAUCAUUCCGACCUCUGCCAUCUGUGGCGAUAUACUGACGCAGGGUGGCAGCAGUAUGUUCGACUGGUUGCUGAACAAAUGGUAGUAUUAAUGGCAUUGCUUCAAAUCGUUCGUGAUGUCAUGGACAUGAAAAAUGUUGGUCGAAGACGAUGGUGGCGUGUUAUGAAAUCAUUUCCGGCUAAAGUUGCUUACAAAAUUUCAUUUAUUCUUAUUAUAUUAAUCGUACCGAUACGAUUGGGAUGUGUACUGUGCUCAGCGAUGCUUCUAUUCGAAAACAUUCUCUCUUUGAUGAUCGUUCUAUUAACUGGUGCACAUUUCUUGUUUUAUACAAGAGCUUUAAAAUUUAUUGGACCAUUUGUUUUGAUGAUUUAUACUAUACUUUCACGUGAUAUAAGCCGUUUUAUGCUUAUCUAUUCAAUAUUUCUCAUCGGAUUCUCGCAAUCAUUUUAUGUAAUUUUUGGAGCUUGCGAACGAGAAAGCAAGACGAAAUACGGUAUUCAAUCCACUCAUUGGGAAAAUAUUUUGGAAACUCCGUUUGAAGCUAUCAUGCGAUUGUUUAUUAUGACCAUUGGCGAAUUUACCAUUUUCUAUCGGUCACUGAAUACAUGCGAGGAAAGAAUGAUGCGAAUGAUUGGUAAGUUUUUAUUCACAAUAUUUGAAUUAUUUAUUAGUAUCAUGCAGUUUAACUUACUAAUUGCUAUGAUGACACGAACUUACGAAACUAUUUCGAGAACAUCUACCGAGUGGAAAAGACAAUGGGCUCAAGUAAUUUUAUUCUUGGAGUUAUCACUGAAGCCGAAAGAGCGCCUUAUUGCAAUGCUGAAAUAUUCUCGUCCAAUUGGUACGGAUAAAACAAAGCGUUCAUUUGUUGUUGCCCGAAAAACUACGAGUGAGUCGAUGUCACAGACUGAAAAGCAAUUAAUGGAACAACAGGAACGUGAUUUGCGUGAAGAAAAACGAGCAUUGCUAAAGAGACGUUUGAAGGAAUUGAAUACAUCAGAUGGUCGAAGACCAUCACAUUUAUCAACGUCAUCAAGAAAUAUCACUGAGGGGAAAAACGAUUGGUGA